AUUCCGGAAGAGACGUUAGCCGAUGUGAUCUUUAAACUCAAUACAGUGUGAGAGGCCGUUGUUACAGCGAUCGGACACAUGGACUCGUGGGUUAGGUUUAGCAGUCAGAGUCAGGCUAAGGAGCGGGUUUUCAGAGCAGCACAAUAUGCCUGCACGUUACUUGGAUAUACCUUGCAGAAGAAUGGAGCCAGCAAUGAGCUUGUGGCCAGCAUUAAACAGCUAGAGGCUCACCUGAGUCUGGGGAGAAAGUUGUUCCGGUUGGGGAAUUCAACGGACGCCAUAGAAUCAGCUAAGCGUGCCAUUCACUUGUCGGAUGUGGUGCUACGCUUUUGUAUCACAGUCAGUCACCUCAACAGAGCCAUGUACUUCGCCUGCGACAACAUCCUGUGGGCAGGGAAAACCGGCCUUUCCCGCGAUAUGGACCAGGACAAAUGGAGUCAGCGUUCAUUCAGGUAUUACCUUUUCUCCCUCAUCAUGAAUCUAAGCAGAGACCUUUAUGAGAUUAAGCUUCUAAUGGAGGUGGAAACCAGUGGCAAACACUCCAGGCUAAAUGCUGAGAAUGAAGCAGUCCUUCCAGGUGAUGAUCCCCCAUACCAUGCUCUACAGACCCAGCUUUACCUGAUUUUAAACAUCUUGAGGAAUAAUCCCCCAGUCCUCCUUGAUGUCCUGAAGAACACCUGUGACAUAUUUAUCCCACUUGACAAGCUGGGCCUAUACAAGACCAACCCAGGCUUCAUUGGUCUUUGUGGUCUGACCUCUUCUAUACUGUCCAUCUUGACCAUUGUUUAUCCUUGGCUUAAACUGAAGCCUUGAGCAUCCAGUGUUCCUUAUAGGAACAGCAAGUGUAAGGGGAACCCCCCCCUGGUGAAUAAUUGCAUUGCAAACCAGAAUGUGGUAGAUUAAAUGAAAGGGAAACCCAGCUAAACAUAGCACGUAUAAUUAGUAAAUUCAUUAUUUCAGCACGGGGAAUGGGAAAACCUAUGUAUUUUCUCAUCUUGCAUUAGAUGUGUAAUGUUGCCUCUGAAGAUGGAUGAUGAUAAUGCAUUGUGUUGUGUGCUUUAAGGUUCUGCACAGGGGCUUGCGGGAGGGACCUUGCACUUAAGGGUACAACAGAGAGGCUCGCAGUAGGGUGUCUUAUGCAGGGGUCUGUGCACCAAGAUUCAUUCUCCAUGAAUAAAUGACAUAUUUCUGUGCCACAAUAUUAGUCAAGUUAGGUUCGGCCUGCAGCAUAGCAAGUUAGAUUAAGUUUUACAUGUCAGUCCGCGGGUAUCCAUAAGACACUAGGAGCUCCCUGUUCUAGUUAAUUAUUGUUUUACUAAUUAGCAACAUCUGGAAAAGCUUAAAAUCUAACCAGUUAAAUUUAAAAAAAAUGAUGAUUUAAAUAAAUUCCUGAAGUACAUAAACAUGUCAUCUAUAAAGGAUUUAUCUAUCUGAGUGCAGGUCAAUCACACUGAUUUGAAGCACUUAAAGCUUAAAGUGAUUGUAAACUUUAAUGAAUAAAGCCCAGUAUUAAAUAAUAAUCUUAAAAACAGGGGCACUUUAAUUCAUGAAAGAUUACAAAGACACUUAUUUUUUAAAAUACCUUCGCCCUCAUCUCCUGCUUUCAUUAGCAUUCUGAUGACGAUCCGGCCUCCUCCAAUCGUUGCGUGCCCCACGAGCUGGACGCCAAAGGAAGCACAAUUGGAGGAAGCCGUAUUCCGCUCAGCACCAGCAGUGCUCUGCAAGUACUGAACUGUAUUUCUACUGUGUGUUUAACCCCUUUGUGGUGGUUCAAAACACAGUAGUGUAGAGUAGAUAGUCCUAAAAUGACGUUCUCUAACAGGUCAGAGCAAUUAUUUGAGUGUGGUCUGAUCAUGGUUUCAGAGGUUUGGAGGUCCGAUACUGCAAAAGAAAAAAGGACAUGAAUAACAAACUUUUUCUUUCAUGCUUCAGCUAGAACAAGCAAUAAAAAAGCAAAGAAACAACUUCUCAAAAUGACAUUUGUUAUCAAAAUAACUUUGUUCUCUUUUGAACAGUAUUAAAAACAUUGGUGUAAAAUAGAUACCAUAUAAUGCUCCAGUUAGAUGCAUGCUCUUUAUCAAAGGAUACCAAGAGAACAAUGCUAAUUUGACAAGUAAAGUAAACUGGAAAGCUGUUUAAAAUGAUAUGCUGUAUCUGAAGCGUUUAGAGUUUCAUGUUCAUUUAAAAUCUGUAAUCCCCAUACCACGGUUUAUAAUGUUUCACAUUUUUAAUAGAGUAGACCUGUAUAGCGAUGCUGCCUGCAAUCUAUAUAAAUGUUUAGCUUUACCCACAUUUGUAAAAUCUUAUAACCAAUUUUCAGUUGUUUAUACAAUGGAGCUGCCGUUUGCCUUACCCAGAAGUGAACACAUCCACCAGAUCUCCACAGACACAAAUUAUAUAGAGAAUUUCUAAGCAUACUUUAGUAGCAUUUAAAUAUGAUGAGGUAGAAGCAGGUUUAAUAAUCACACUAAGAAGAGCUUUUCAGAAUACUAAAUAUAGGAUCAGUAACCUAGUGUAGCCAUAUUUCUAACACACUAAUAUAAAUAUCACUUUAUAUGAAUUACAUUUGUUAACGCAUAACUUUAAUGAGAUUGUAACACUGGAUUUCCAUUAUAAAGAUAUGUAAUCUUUAAAGGGACAUAUUCUGUAUAUUUCAGAACAGCAUUUACACACACACAUCCACACCUAUACCCUCUCCACAUCCACACCACACACAUAUAAUAUAACAUUACAAAAAAUGUUUGUGCACAGCUCCUGCUUACUGGCUAAAAGAGAAACCACCAACAGCUUUAUGGAUAGACUGAGAUAAUCCUGACCUAACAUCUUCUCAAGGUCCUUUUAACUUCCACAGCACCAGAUGGUUUUUAGUAACAUGAACCCAAUUCAUUAUUUGGAACUUAUUCUAUGUAAAUUGUCUCAUUAUUUGUAUUAUAGGUGAUAUUAACAUAAUGUCCCCCUUUAUAAUGAAAUAUUUUUUAAUAAUGGGUUAAGUUUUGCUAAAGCUUUGGGCAUUCUGAACAUUUCAUAAAGAAAAUAUCCCUCUAUGUAUUACCAAUGUAUGUUCAUCAUCUUUUUUUUUUUUUUUUCUUGCCAGUUUUAUCAGGUUGCCUACUGUAAUUUUCUAUAACUGUAAUUAUACAAAAUACUUUGUCUGAUUGCACUAAUUCAGCGAGCUGAUGUGUAGCACUUAACUGUGAAAUUCUCAUUUUCUAAAGAAAGAAGGUGAUUUUGAUUCAGAUCCCUUGAAGAUUUGAUUUGCAUGAAUCGGACAUUUUACAAAAUUGUAAAGGAAAUGGUCCCCAAAUCUGGAAUAUGAUUUUGUGUAAGUUUCUGAAAUGCCAAACUAGAGGAUUCAUUGUCCUGUGCAAUGGCUACUAAUAUUUCAUGUGAUGUUCUGUUCAGUCACAAUAGGUGGAAUUUGGAGAAUGACUUUCUGUAAAUAUUGUAUCACUGUAAUUUUGUAUAUACAGAUUUCCAAUGUUUUAAAAUUAAACAGUUAACUCAUU